AUGUCUAAUAUACGAGAAAACCCAGCUAAACAAGCAUUUAAAAAUCGAGAAAUAGCACAAUCUUCAUUAAGACAAAAGAAAAGGGAAAAUUUACUAUCAUUAAAAAGAACUAUUGAAGAUGAUCAAUUAGGAUUAACUGUUUCUGAAAUUGAAGAAAGUGCAGUUGAUAGAAAAAAGAAGAUUUACCGAUUUAAUGAAAAACAAAAACAAGCAGCAAUUCAAGCCGUUGAAAGAAAAAAUAACGAAAAAGCAAUACUUGAUGCUCUUUUUGUUUUUUGUCAUAGUAAUCCACUUCCAGUUCUUCAGGAUUUACUUAUUUUAUUAACACAUCCAAAUAAGAAUAUUGUUCAACAAACAUUAACUGUGCUAAUAAAUUGGACAGCAUUAGACUCAACAUAUACAAAAAAUUUAGGGUCAAUUAAUUUUAUUGCACUUCUUGAGCAAAUACUUUAUUAUUCUCCAAAUGAAGAAAUUCAAAGAAAAGGGAUAUUAUUAUUAAAUAAUAUUAUUUCAGAUGGUGGAGAAUUAAGAGAUAAUUGUUUUGAAAGAUUUAAAGGAUUUAUUUCAAAAACAUUAGAAACUUCCAAGUCAAUAGAAAUAAUACGAGCGUGUACAGAUUGUCUUGGAAGUCUUAUUUGUAGUGAGCCUUUAAUAUCAUUUUCAAUUGUACAAAUAGUAAUUAAUAUUUUUAAAAAAUUAUUAUUAUCAAAUGAUGAACAAAUUAUUUAUACAUGUUUUAUAGGAUUUAGAUAUUAUUUUGAUAGAGAUGAAUUAAUUUCUAUGGAUGAAAUGAAAGAUAUUAUUAUUAAACUUUGGAAAAUUAUUACCUCUAUUUCUUCAAAUGAAUUAUUUAAAGAAUAUGCUUGUUCUUUUGUUAUAAUUCUUGGAGCUGUAUCUUAUAAAGAUUCUGAAAGUAUAAUUUUUCCUUUUUUAUAUGAAAAUGAAAUAAUUCAAUGGCUUACUCAAAAAGCUAUUUUAUAUAAUGAUUUAAAACUUCAAAAAGCUUGUUUUUAUGCAAUUGAAAAUUUAUGUGUUGAUAAAAUUUAUGGAACUAAAUACUGUUCUCUUUUAGAUGAAACUAAUGCAAUGAAAAUAAUUAUUAAUUCAUUAGUAAAUUGUAGUAAUGGAAUUGUUGCUAAUGAAGCAAUAAAAGCAUUUAUUAAUUUCUUUAUUGCAUGUGGUGAUGAUGAAUUAAUAAAAUAUUAUAAUGAUUUUACUUUUUUUAUUGCUCUUCGUAAUUGUAUUAAUGAAACAACAAAGAAACAAUUAAGUCUUAGUUUAUUAAUUUUAAGAAGAGUAUUAGUUAAAAGAUCAGAUGAUGGAUUAUCUAUUGUUUCUAUUUUAGAUACGUCUCAAAUUUAUUCUUCUUUAUUAGAAGUUAAAAAGAAAUCUAUAAAAAUCCCGAGAGUCAUUUCGUUAAUUCAAGAAAUAUUAAAUGCUUAUAUAAAUGAAGAAAAUGACCUUUCUUUAUAA